AUGUUUAACAACUUAGGGUCGUGGCUGGGCUUUGAGAGCCCGAGUCCAAAGGCUGCAGAUGUGAAAGAAAACGAAAAUGAACAAAAAGAAAAGGUUGUUGAGGCACAAAACGAGGUAAACAAACAGCUACCUGUCGAGGAUGGCGAGAACCAGAGCCAAGAAGACAGCUCGGAUCAGACCAAAGGACUGGGAGAUUUUAUCUUCAGUUUUGCCUCCACUGCCACCAAAAAGAUUUCAGAGUCUGUUGUGGAAACGGCUAACACUAUCAAGAAAAGUGUGGAGGAGGGUAAAAUCAUAGAUAAGACUUUCUUAGGAGACUUCCAGAAGGAGCAAGAAAAGUUUGUCCAAGAAAAGAAGGCAAAACGUUCAGAAGCAGCAGUUCCUCCCUGGGUCGGUUACAAUGAAGAGGAGACCAUCCAGCAGCAGAUUUUGGCUCUGUCAGCUGAUAAAAGGAACUUCCUGCGUGACCCCCCUGCUGGGGUUCAGUUCCACUUUGACAUGGAUCAGAUGUACCCUCUGGCUGCGGUCAUGUUAGAAGAGGACCAGCUUCUGAACCACAUGCGUUUUGAUCUCGUGCCCAAACACGUGAAGGAGGAUGUCUUCUGGAGGAAUUACUUUUACCGAGUGUCUCUCAUUAAACAGUCGGCUCAGCUCACAGCUCUGGCAGCUCAACAACAACAGCAGCAGGAUGGAGAGGAGCGAAGGGCCAGUGUUUCACCUGAAGAUGUUAUUCUCACAGACAACGUCAGGCCAAAAACUCCACCUGUUUCAAUUAUUGAUGCUAAAAAGCCACAACACGAAGAAGAGGAGAUUUCCACAAGCCCGGGUGUGUCAGAGUUUGUCAGUGAUGCUUUCGACUCUGCUGCCAUUAACCACGAGGAUUUGAGGAAAGGGAUGGAGCAGCUUGUGCUUGACAAGAAGGAUGACACGCCCUCACCUGAUGAUGACUCUGCAGACUGGGAGAAGGAACUGCAACAAGAACUCCAGGAAUAUGAGGUCGUAACCGAGUCGGACAACAAGGAUGACCAGUGGGACCAAGAGAUCGAGAAGAUGCUCCAAGCGGAUGACUGAAUAUAAUAUAAAAGAUGCCAUAACUCUGUGACCAACCUAAAUGUUGAAUGAAGUGACCACAGAUGCACACAAGGGGGUGCUGUCUUGCACAUUCUUUACUAGGUGUAGGUAACGGUGUCAAAAAAUGAGAUUGUUGCUGGAUUUAGUGUUCAUACCAGUGUAUACCAGGGUAUAAAUGAAGUGUUUAUUCAUUACUAUACUUCAGUAACUUUUACCAGCCUAGCCCUAACCAUACAGACUAGCAAGUGAAUUUUGUUAAAAUGUAUUUCCAAGCAAAUCAAUUUUCCAGACCAAUACCAUUUUAGGUUCAAAUGAACUGAGUCUGCUAGAGGUGGGCAGAUUAUUGAAAAAUACUGGAUACAGUGAAUGAAUGAAAGAUAUGUAUCAUUUAGAAUAGAAAAAAAUUCAAAAAAUGUCAAAUCUUCAGAAAUUUAAAAUGGAAAAAAAUGUGUGUUGUAAACAAAAUUACAACAUUACAAGAGUAUAAUACAAAAAACUCUAUAUUGGCAUAUUUUAUUUUUAUCAGGAUACACCAAAAAUAUUCCAAUAUUUCUGCUUAUAAUUUAUUUGUUUUCCAAUACAAUAUUAUUUUAUUGGUUGCAUACAUUUAUUAGGAUUAAGCAUUUUGUUUCAGCUGAUAGAAUAUUAAAAUUAAAAUGCUAAUGUCUGUUGGGGAUAAAAUAAUUUGGAUGGUUAGGCUAAUGUCCUUGUUCAUUUGUACAUUUUCUGAACUGGUGAGGAGAGGCCACCAGAUGGCGCAUCAGCACAAGGUUUCUUUGACUAUACUGAAAAAUGCCAUAAUUUUUUUCUGAUCUGCUUUCUGUGCUUUCUGGUGGGCUGUACAUUAAGGUCCAGUUAUAGUAAUGUAGAGUAUAUUGUAAAAUUAAAUGUAUAUAAAUACAUAUUGAUUCUAACAACA